UGCGUGAUGUCGGCCAUGUUUCUUGCAGUCAGCUACCAAAUGAAUUCUCUGUGGAUUAAAAUGAAUCCACAACAUCUAACCCAGCAACCACAGCAGCGAUAUGGAGCUCCACCAGGUACAGGGUUUGGUCCUCCACAAAGUGUAUAUCCUCAUAUUCCACAUGGGGGACCCAGACCAUCGCCAUAUGGUACACCAGGAGGAUUUCAACCAUCAUCUAGACUACCAGCAUCUGGGGCCAUUUACCCACUUGGUCCUCCAGGACCUCAGAAUAUGGUAUCACCUCCACAAGUCACCCCAUCCCCUAACAGUAGCAUACCUGCACCAUUUGGACCUAUGCCUGCUGGUCCUGGAAUGAUGACUGGAGGACCCAUGGCAAGCUCACAUCGCCCUGACUCUAGUGGAUCAAACAUGACGAAUAGGCUGGCAGGCCCUCCCAUAGGUUCUCAACCUACUGCACCCUGUGGACCUCGUACUGCACCACAACAGCCACCAAUAAUGUGGCCACCAGCAACAUUAGCUCCAAGUCACUUAGCCACUCAGUUAUCAGGGAUGAAUUUAAGUGGACAAUCACGACCACCUGUUCAGAUUUCUGACAUGUACCAUCCAAAUGCUGGAGUCCCACCUCAAAUGCAGCAGCCACCCAUGGGACCACAGGGUCCUGCUGCCAGUUACCCACCACCUCAUCAGCACAUGGGUCCACAGCAACCACCACAUCCAUUCAUGCAGUCACAACCUGCAAGACGUCUUGAUCCUGAAGAUAUGCCAAGUGCUGACAUGUACCAUCCAAAUGCUGGAGUCCCACCUCAAAUGCAGCAGCCACCCAUGGGACCACAGGGUCCUGCUGUCAGUUACCCACCACCUCAUCAGCACAUGGGUCCACAGCAACCACCAUAUCUAUUCAUGCAGUCACAACCUGCAAGACGUCUUGAUCCUAAAGAUAUGCCAAGUGCUAUUCAGGUGAUGAAAGAUGACCAGUGCAAUAGGUCAGGAUAUUUCUACACAAAUCAGAAGGGGAUGGUUCCACCUCUUGUCACUACCAAAUUCAUUACCCGAGAUGAAGGCAACGCUAGCCCCAGAUAUAUUCGUAGCUCAAUGUACAGUAUUCCAGCUACCACUGAUAUGAUGAAGCAAGUUGCUGUGCCAUUUGUUCUAGUAGUGAGUCCUUUAGCUCGGACAUUAGGUGAGGAAUAUUUGCCACCCAUUAUAGACAUGGGAGAAAUUGGACCUGUUAGGUGCAACAGAUGCAAAGCCUAUAUGUGUCCAUUCAUGCAGUUCAUUGAUGGAGGGCGACGUUUCCGCUGUCUGUUCUGCAAAGCCCCUACAGAAGUGCCACAAGAGUACUUACAGCAUUUAGAUCAGGUGGAUCGGUUUGAGAGACCAGAGUUGAUACUGGGAGCAUUUGAAUAUGUUGCGACAAAAGAGUACUAUAAGAACAACACAUUCCCCAAACCUCCAGCAUUCAUCUUUUUGAUUGAUGUGUCUUAUAAUAACAUUAAAUCUGGACUGGUUGAUCUUCUUUGUGGUCAAGUGAAAGAAAUUGUUAAACUAUUACCCAAGGAUGGAGGAGCUAAAAAGUCGAAUAUGAGGGUCGGUUUCAUAACCUAUGAUAACACAGUGCAUUUCUACAAUUUUGAGGGUUGUCUUGCUCAGCCAAAGAUGACAGUGGUGACAGAUGUACAGGACAUGUUUGAGCCUCUAAUAGGGGGUUUUCUGUGUGAUCCCACAGAAUCUGAGGCAGUUAUUAAUAGCCUGAUGAAACAGAUACCCACCCUGUUUGCUGACACUCGUGAGACAGAAACAGUACUGGCACCAGCAAUCCAGGCUGGUCUUAAAGCACUCCAGGCCUCAAAAUGUGCUGGGAAGCUGUUGGUAUUCCAUUCUUCCUUACCAACAGCUGAAGCUCCAGGAAAACUCAAAAACCGAGAUAACAAGAAACUGCUUGGCACAGAAAAGGAAAGAGAAUUGUUAGCACCACAGGGGUGUGUGUACAGCCACCUGGGCGAGGAAUGUGUUGCUGCUGGAUGCAGUGUCGAUCUGUUUAUAUUCAACAAUUCUUACAUUGACUUGGCCACCAUUGGUCAAGUAUCAAGAUUGACUGGCGGAGAAAUCUACAAGUACUCAAAUUUUAAGGCUGAUGUGGAUGGUGAACGACUUAUAGCAGAUAUCAAACAUGAUGUGAGUCGUCCAGUUGCAUUUGAUGCCGCCAUGAGAGUGCGCACAUCUACAGGUGUUAGGGCGACUGAUUUCUAUGGUCAUUUCUUUAUGUCAAACACAACGGAAAUGAUGCUUGCCAGUAUUGACUGUGAUAAGGCUCUCGCCAUAGAAAUCAAACAUGAUGAUAAGCUUACAGAAGAUGGAGUGUAUAUUCAGGUUGCUCUGUUGUAUACAUCAUGUGGGGGUCAGAGACGCAUUCGCAUCCUCAAUCUUUCACUCAAUACGUGCACAGAGAUGGCUAACUUUUAUCGAAGUUGCGACCUGGAUAGCAUUAUUAACUUUAAUGCUAAACAAACUGUGUUCCGACUGUUGGAGUCAUCACCAAAAUCAGUCAGACAAAACCUGGUAAAUCAGUGUGCACAGAUGCUGGCUUGCUACAGGAAGAACUGUACUAGUCCAACUUCAGCAGAACAGCUUAUCUUGCCUGAGUGCAUGAAGUUGUUCGGACUUUAUGUUAACUGCGUUCUCAAGAGUGAUGCAGUUUCAGGAGGAUCUGACAUGACUAUCGAUGACCGAUUUUUUAUAAUGCAAGCAGUUACAAUAAUGGAUAUUCCAUCAUCUGUUGUGUUCUUUUACCCACGACUUAUCCCACUUCAUGACAUCGAUGUUGAUUCUGAUGAACUGCCAUCUUCCAUCCGCUGCAUGUCAGAUAACAUUAGAGAUGAUGGUGUGUACUUGUUAGAGAAUGGGAUCCGCUUAUUCUUGUGGAUUGGGCUGAAUGUUGAUAUGAAAUGGGUACAGAAUGUGUUUGGUGUUCAUUCAUUUGCUCAGAUUGACACUGAUCGUACAUCAUUGCCUGUGCUAGAUAAUGCACUUUCAGCAAGGAUAAAAUUCGUCAUUGAUUCUGUUCGCAAGGAGAGACAUCGAUGCAUGAGGUUAACACUGGUAAGACAACAUGACAAAAUGGAGAACGUGUUCAAACAUUUCCUGAUCGAGGAUCCCGGCUUGCAUGGCACAGCAUCAUAUACAUGUUUCUUGUGCUAUAUGCAAAAGAAAGUACUCAAUCUGCUUAGCUAGAAGGAUGUUACAGUUAACAGCCAGCAACAUGGUAAUGUGAACAAAUCCUGAACCUGAGGCUGUAAUGCUUCAAAGGGUUACUAAAUUGGCAACAGUCAUUAAUUAAAAAAUAUGAAAAUAACUGUCACCAUUUUCUUCAACCCGUUAUAGUUUGUCAUGGCCUGUAUGUGUAUUUGUAUUUGCUGUUGCCAUACGUUUUUGUUUAUAUGUAAUAAGUGACUGUAGAAACUUUGAUGAUAAAUUUGGACAACAGCAAAAGUA